AUGGGCGGCGAGCGCUUCAUCAGCGUGCGCGGGCGGCGGCCAAUGGGCGGCGAGCGCUGCCGCGCCGGGCGGACGGGCGAGCGGCGGCGGCGGGCGAUGGAGUCGGUGGCGCUGGUGGCGCCGGUGACGGCGCUGGAGUUCGCGGGGGACGUGCUGCUGGCCGCUGUCCCGGCAGGCACGGGCCCGGAGGUGGCGGCGUUCCGGCUGAGCGGCGGCGGCGCGGCGGCGGCGGCGGGGCGGCGGAGCGUGCUGCGGCAGGCCAGCGUGCAGGGGCUGCGGGCGGAGCCGGGCGGCGGCGGCGGCGCGGUGCGCGUGGCGGCCUUCGGCGGGCGCUGGCUGGCCGUGCUGGCGGUGCGGCGCGGCGGCGGCGGCGGCGGCGCGGCGCUGGCGGCGGCGGGCGGCGGCGCGGCGCGGGAGGUGGGGGCGCGCGUGUGGGAGGCGCGGUGGGCGGCGGGCGGGCGGCUGGCGCUGGCGCUGGGCGGCGGCGCCGUGGCGCUGUACGAGUGGCGCGGCGGCGGGCGCUGGCUGCGGCGGGCGCGGUGCGACGGCGCCGGGGCGCUGCGCUGCGCCGCGCUGGCGGGGGCGGCGGCGGGGUGGGCGCGCCUGGCGCUGGCGGCCGGCACGGCGGCGGGCGCCGUGGUGGUGUGGCGGGCGGCGGCGGCGGCGGCGCCGCGGCGGCGGCUGCGGGGGCACCGCGGCGCCGUGCUGGCGCUCAGCUACGCGGCGCCGCGGGGGCUGCUGGCCUCCGCCUCCGAGGACCGCAGCGUGCGGCUCUGGGCCGUGGGCGAGCUGGGCGGCGGCGGCGAGGCGCCCUGCCUGCUCGUGUGCUACGGGCACGGGGCGCGCGUGGGCGCCGUGGCGCUGCGCGGCCCGCGGCCCGUGAGCGCCGGCGAGGACGGCGCCUGCCUCGAGUGGGGCGGCGGCGGCGGCGUGCGGCGGGCGCGGCGCGGGCACCGCGGGGCCCUGCGUGCCCUGGCCGUGCGCCCCGCCGGCGGCUGCGUGGCCACGGGCGGCGCCGACGGCGGCGCGCGGCUGUGGCGGCCGCGGGAGGCGGCGGCGGCGGCGGCGGCGCUGGGGGCGCCGGGGCGGCCGCGGGCCGUGCGGCUGGCGGGGCCGCGGCGGGUGCUGGCGCUGGGCGAGGCGGGCGGGCUGGCGGCCUACGAGGCGGCGGCGGGGCGCUGGGCGCCGGUGCUGCCCGCCGAGGCCGCCGGGCCCCGCGCGGUGCUGGCGGCCGCCCCCCUGCCCGGCGCGGCGGGCGACGCGCUCUGCGCCCUGGGCGGCGGCGACGGGCGCCUGGCCGUCUUCGCCCUGGGCCGCCCCGGCGAUGUGGUCCACGCGCGGCUCUUCGAGGGGGCCGUGCGCGGGCUGAGCUGGGCCGCCCGCCCCGGGCUGCCCCCCGGCGCCGCCACCCUCCUGGCCUCGGGCCCCGGCGGAGAGCUGCUCUGGCUGGACGUCGCCUGCCGCCCCGGGCGGGCGCCCGCCCUGCGCCCGCUGGGCCGCUACCUGCUGCCGCCCUGCAAGCAGCGCUGGCACACCGCCGCCGCCUUCCCGCCCCAGGGCGGCCUGCUGGUGUGCGGCGACCGCCGCGGCUCCCUGCUGCUCUUCGCCUGCAGCCCCCCGCCGGGGCCGGCCGCGGAGAGCGACGUCCCCGCCGAUGGCGCCGGGAGCGAGGCGGAGCCCUCUCUCCUGCGGCAAAAAGAGGCUCUUCCCCUCGAGGCCCCGCUGUGCGUCCUCUUCGGGCUCCACGGGAAGACGGGCGUCACGUCGGUGACCUGCCACGGGGGCUACGUCUACAGCACGGGCCGGGACGGCUGCUACUGGCAGCUGCGCCUGCAGGGCCGGCGGCUGGAGGUGCUGCGGAAGCACAGGCCCUGCAAGGGGCUGCAGUGGAUCGAGGAGCUGCGCUUCACCCCCAGCGGCGACCUGCUCGUGCUGGGCUUCCACGCCGACAGCUUCGUGGUGUGGAGCACCAGGACCGGCGAGAACCUCCACUGCGUGCCCUGCGGCGGGGGGCACCGCUCCUGGAGCUACAGCAGUGGCCCCUCGGCCGAGGCCUUCGCCUACGUCAAGCGGGGGGACGUGAUGCUCUACAGCAGCGCGCCCGAGCCCUGCGAGCAGCAGGUGCUGCUGGCAUCCCUGCACGGGCGGGAGAUCACGUGCGUGCGGCGCCUGGGGGCCGUGCGGGCGCCCGGGUGCCCCGCCAUUAACGUCUUCGUCACCGGCAGCGAGGACACCACGGCCUGCGUCCUGGCGCUCAGCGAGCGCUCCCGCGCGGCCCUGCCCCUCACCACGCUCGACGACCACAUCUCCAGCGUGCGAGCGCUGGCGCUGGCCGGCCCCACACGGCCCCACGAUGCCGCCUUGUCCGUCCUGCUCUUCUCCGGCGGGGGCCGGGCGCAGAUCGAGUGCUACCGGCUGCUCUUAACCGGCGACCCGGCCUCCGAGAGCACCGUGGCCUGCGAAGUUCUCCACGUGGCCUCCCAUCGGCUCGACGAACACUGGGACCGAAUGAAGAACAGGCACAAGCUCGUCAAGAUGGACCCCGAGACCAGGUACAUGUCCCUCUCGGUCGUGCCCGGGACCGACGCUGAGCAGCUGCCGACACCCUGCACGUUCCUGGCUGCCGCCUGCAGCGAUGGCUCCGUCCGGCUCUUCGGGCUGCUGGAGGCCGCCCGGAGGCUGGUGCUCGUGGCAGAGUCCUUCCACCACCAGCGCUGCGUGCUGAAGGUGGAGACGUUCCUGCACGCGGGGGCCGGAGGCGCGAGGAGAUGCUUCCUGUGCAGCGCGGCCACCGACGGCAGCGUCGCCUUCUGGGACAUCACCGCCCCCAUCGCGGAGGCCACGGACGCCCUGCAGCGAGUGGAGGGAGCGAUGCAACCCCUGGCCCUGGGCGCCCCGCUGCUCACCGUCAUGGCCCACAGCUGCGGCGUGAACAGCCUCCAUGUCCGGGAGAUGCCGGAGGGCCGGUACCUGGUGGCCAGCGGCAGCGACGACGGCUCCAUCCACGUCUGCCUGGUGGAGGCGGCCCCGGGCGAGGGGGAGGCCUGUCUGCGGCUGCUGGAGCAGCUCUCGCGCCCCUGCGCCCACGCCGCCCACGUGACGGGCAUCAGGGUGCUGCGGCCGGACCUGGUGCUCUCCGCCUCGGUGGACCAGCGCUUGACGCUGUGGCAGCUGGGCCCGGGUGGCCUGGAGGAGCUGAGCACCACGUUUUUCCACGUGCCCGACCUGGCGGAGCUGGACUGCUGGGAGGCGGCGGCGGAGCCCGGCGGGGAGCUGCACUACUACUGCGUGCUCUGCGGGCAGGGCUUGGAGAUGGUGCGCUGGGCCGCCCGGGCCGCCCGCCCCGAGCCCCCGCUGCCGGAAGCGCCCCAGUGAAGGGGGAGGCGCGCAGCAAACCCCACCGCCCGUGCUGCUGCCGAGGGGACGGCAGGUGCCACGAGAGCAGCAGAGUCCUUCUUUGGCCAGUGCUCAGCAAUUCAGGGACGCCUGCUAGCUGGGGCCACAAGCUCGCUUGCCCCUGUGAUGAGCAGGGCCAGAUCUCUGCAGCUCUCGGCUCUGGCUUUGAGGCCCUUUGGUGCCCAGGCUGGCGGCUGCAGUGGCUCUGGCAGGUGACCCGCAGCAGGACUGUCCCCUCUCCAGGGAGGAUGAGCCUCUAGCUGCCAUGUGUAGGGCUGGUUCGGCCUUCGUGGUAAGGCAGGAAGGAUGGUGCUGGCCCCGCGCAGAGGCCACAGGUGCUGCUGGUGGUGGUGCACAGCCCUUUAGGUGCCCCAGGGAGGUGGCUGGGGCUCCCCGGUGGCAGUGUGCCCCCCCCCACCCCACUGGGACACCCUGAGCCAGGCCAUCCGCAUCAGAGCAGUCCUCAGUACCUUCCUCGAGCUGGCGAGCGUGUUCAUGAGCAGCUCAGGCCCCAGCAGUCAAAGCACAGAUAGAGAUGAGAAGCCCCCACCUCAAGAUGCUCACAGGGCAUCCAGUGCUGAGAGACCAUGGCUCUGCCCCCCGCCCCGCACAGGGCAUUUAGGAGCCACAUCCUGCUCCAUGCAGCUGGGUGGGAGCAGAAACCAGCACCAGUGCAGCACGGCCUUGUUUCCCAGCCCGGCUGUGCCUGCAUCCACCCCCCGACCUCAGGCAUCGCCGCCGCUGGGGUCAGACACACACACAGAGCACUUGUCCAGCAAUAACUGUAUUGGCCCUCACCAUCGCGGCCUGGCCCUGGGCAAGGCAGGGGCCACGCAGCCCCAGGCGCUCUGUGCCGGCACAGAGCUACCCGUCAAUAAACAGCGUUGAGGGGA